AUGCCCCAUGUUAUUCCAUCUUUAAAACAUAAUCUAUGUAGAUUAAUAGAAGAGGAUUGUGAUAAGGCUGAAUUAUUGAACGAACAUUUUGCAUCUAUCAAUCACAUAUCUUCCACUGACGAUGCUAACCCAACUCCAUCAAUUACUAUAUCGUCAAAUGUCCCUCAGCUAUCCGGUUUAAAAGUUACACUAAAUGGAGUGGAAAAAAUAUUGUUAAAAACAGAUAUAAACAAAGCUUGCUCCCCUGGUGUAACAUCACGUCUAUUGAGGGAAUCUGCAAUUAUAAUAUCACCUUAUAUUAUAAAGAUAGUACAACAAUCAAUUGAUACCGGUAUUUUUCCAAGUAUUUUUAAAACAGGAUAUGUAAAUGCGUUAUUUAAAGAUGGUGAAUUAACUUCUCCUUCGAACUACCGUCCUAUUACUCUACUUCCAGCGUUAAGCAAAGCUUUUGAACGAAUCAUGCAUUUCCAUUUAUACAGUCACUUGAAGAAAAAUAAUCUUCUGUCACCUUUACAAUCCGGUUUUAUUCGUCAUGAUUCUACAGUCAAUCAGUUAGUUGGUCUAGUUCAAUCAAUUCAUCUAGAGACUGAACAAUCAAAGACAACAAGAGCUGUGUUCUUAGAUUUUUCUAAGACUUUUGAUCGAGUAUGGAUAAAAGGUUUGCUAAAGAAAUUAGAAGGUAAAGGAGUCUGA